AUGGUGAUUGGGGCUUUUAAUGAACUGUUGCACCACAAUGAAAAAUGGGGAGGGAGGCCUUGGCCGUUUUGGCAAAUCUCUGCUUUUAGGGAUGUGGUCAACAACUGCUCUUCAAAGGAUAUGGGGUUUAAGGGUAAUAAAUUUCCGUGGAGUAAUCGUAGAGGAGGGGCUAUGUGUAUUAGUGAGAGGCUUGAUAGAGUUUUGGCAAAUCAACCAUGGUUGGGUUUUUUUCCAAAUGCAUCGGUUACACAUGGUUUGGAGGCCUAUUCAGACCAUACUCCUAUAUGGGUUAAUACUGAAUGGGAAAGGGGGCACAUUCGUGUUGGGAGACAGUUUAAGUUUGAAGAAAUGUGGGUAGGAGAGCCGGAAUGUGAGGAGAUUAUUACGGCUUCUUGGAGGAGAGAUUAA